AGAAAGCAGCAGAGCAGGAAUCAAAACAAGAGACGGACACGCCUUCGUCCUGAAAGGUUAUAGCAGCUUUAUUCCUCAUGACUGUUGCUGUCAGAGCUGCACAGAAGCAGGCCUGUCGUCCACGAGGAGGCGAAAAACAACAGCAGCACACUGCAAAAACACCUCUGCACAAAUGGAGUCCACAGAAAUGUCAGACAGCGUUGACAGCAGUCGUUGAUACGGGUCGAAAAUAACACUGACACCCGAAUCCUGUAAAAUGCCCAACCAGAAGAGCAACAAGGGAAAGAAAAGCAAACGCACUAACAGUAGCGGAGAUGAGCAGGAAAAUGGAGCCUGUGCGGCCGCAACAGGAGGCGCAGCCGCGGCGGCUGCACCCAGAAACGAGCGCUCGAGCGAGGUCCAGUGUGCGACCCCUCUCGGCUGCAGCCUGGCCCGGUCCAUUGACCUUGAGAAGGACGACUACCAGCGGGUGCUCUGCAACAACGAGCUCUGCCCUUACGGGAACUGGAUGCAUCUACAGUGUUUCUACGAGUGGGAGAGCUCCAUUCUUGUCCAGUUUAACUGCAUCGGCCGGGCGCGCUCCUGGAACGAGAAGCAGUGCCGCCAGAACAUGUGGACCAAGAAGGGCUACGACCUGGCCUUCAGGUUCUGCUCCUGCCGCUGCGGCCAGGGCCAUCUGAAGAAAGACACCGACUGGUAUCAGGUGAAGCGCAUGCAGGAUGAGCGUAAGAAGAAGCCAUCUGAGAGGAGCACGGGUAGGACGGGGGCCAGUGGGGGCGCUUCGGGACCAGGGGACGGGCUUUUUGAGGAGCCCAAGAAAAGCAAGCCACUGGCAGGAGGAGGAGGAGGAGGUAAAGUAGCUCACAGAGCGUCUAGUCAGGAGCUACCUCGCAGACAAUCAGUGGACCGUCAGAACUCUAUAGAGAGAGGAGCAGCAGCAGCAGCAGCAGCAGCAGGAGGAGCUUUUCCUCUGGGGCCUCCUCAGAAGUCUCCAUGUGACUCCCCGGGACAGUCUCCUCCGACCGGCUUCUCCUCUCCUACUGCUGUCCUCGCAGCAGGAGGCGGAGCAGCAGGUUUUCGGGGUUCCCGUCAGCUGGGAGAGUUCCUCAAAUCAGCUGUCCACAUGGACACGCAGAGGAAACACCUUUUAGUCGGGGGAGCCCUCAGCCGGAGCGGCGGUUGCUCCAUGGGAGUCUCCGGCGGUGGGCCCGAUGGUCCCCAUCUUUCCCCCGGGUCUGUUCUCCCCCUGCCGCUGUCCUUCGCCCUCCCACUUCACCACCGGCUCACCUCCGGCAGCGUGGGUGAUGGCGCCCACCCUCACCCGGUGCAGUUCCUUAGGAGGCUGGACCUCUCGGAGCUCCUCACCCACAUCCCUCGCCAUAAACUCAACACCUACCACGUCCGCAUGGAGGACGAUGCCCAGGCAGGCCAGGGGGAAGAGCUGCGCAGGUUUAUCCUGUCAGCCCUCAGUGCGAGCCAGAGAAACGUGGUCAACUGUGCGCUGUGUCACCGGGCGCUGCCUGUGUUUGAACAGUUUCCUCUGGUGGACGGGACACUGUUUCUCAGCCCCUCACGCCAUGACGAGAUUGAGUACGACGUCCCCUGCCACCUGCAAGGCAGGUUAAUGCACCUCUACGCCAUCUGUGUGGACUGUCUAGAAGGCGUCCACAAGAUCGUCUGCAUCAAGUGCAAGUCACGCUGGGAUGGGAGCUGGCAUCAACUGGGCACCAUGUACACCUAUGACAUACUGGCUGCUUCACCGUGUUGUCAGGCUCGUCUCAACUGUAAGCACUGCGGGAAGCCGGUGGUGGACGUUCGGGUCGGGAUGCAGUAUUUCUCAGAGUACAGCAACGUCCAGCAGUGCCCUCACUGCGGCAACCUGGACUAUCACUUUGUUAAACCUUUCUCCUCCUACAAAGUACUCGAGGCUUAUUGACAAAUGUUGUCCAUGCAUGCUAGUUGAGCUGCUUUUGUUCUUAUUUUUUUCUAACACAAUCUAGGAAAGAUUUUAUUUUUUUGGGCCUUAAGGUGGUUUUUAAGUUCUCUCUUCUUCGGUUUCUUUUGUAUGUAUAGAAAAAGUAUGACUCUAGUUUAAAAAAAAAAAGAAAAAAAAGUUCCAAGACAGUAUCUCUGCUGUUCCAGGAAGGUGUUGAUAAAGUGUGGAACUGACGCUGCAGUCAAGCAAACACAUUUAUCUGUGACAAGUGAAUGUAUCUGUACGCCAAAUUUGUUUUAUUUUUUACCAAAAAAAACCAUAAAGAUGGAUCUCGAAUAAAGCAGAGAAAGAGACACGUUGGUGUUGGUUUGAUGUCUUUAUCACAUCUCAAACAUUUUCUUAAUCAAGGAAAGCAGGGUGUUGUUAUAAAAACCCUUGUUGAAAAUGAACAUAAUGGGUGAAUGGACUGCCUCAUCCAUGAUAUUUUCACAUUAUUGUGUUAAUAAGUCAUCAUGGGACUAAUCAAUGAUGAUCUUCACCUGCUUCACAUAGAUCAGCAAAUUUAACUCCCUGAUAAUCAGCAUCAUGAUUCCAUCAAAUCGCCAUUUUUUGUUUCUUCACAUUAACCCCUCUAGGGGUUUCUGUGUGUGUGUACUCCGACACAUUUUGGGUUCAAAAGUCUUAUGUGAAGACACACCUCCCAUCUUGGAACAAACGUCUGCUCACCACCAUUAUCCCAUUCAAAGACAACUGACAAAUUAAAGGAACAUGUUUACAGCUAUUGUAGCAGCUCGUUGAUGCUACUUGUACUUAGGCACAGUUGUACUUUGAGCGAAAUGCUAAUGUCAGCAGGCUAACAUGCUCACAA